CAACAUUUAGAAUCACAAUCAGACUUACUUGGCACGUAACGAUUUGCGUUUCUUUUGCUGUUUUACUUUUAGAUAUUAUAAAUUGAUUUUGUUAUUGUUAUUUAUAUUUAUGUCCCUUCUCGUCCUCUUUGGCUGUACAUCUACAAAUACAAGCACAACUACGUUUAAGAAUAAGACUAGCAUUAAGAUUAAGCUUAAGUUAAUCUUGAAACCAUAUGCGACGCAUAGCAUUCCACCGUCUUGCAGGGUUCCCGCUUCACGGACCACGAGCACCCUACACCUUCACCAACACGUGCUCCCGCGCCGCCUUUUACUUUUUUUAGAAUUUGAGAUUGAGUUACUAUUAGAAUUAGUAACUAAACUACUCGCAGUUUGAGUCAGCGGCAGAAUGAUAAUCAUAAUUUUGAAUGUGUAUGUGAUACUGAUUGCGUUUUUGAUAUUCAUAUUGUUAUUGAUAGGAUUAAAAGAAAGAAUAGGACUAGUAAUAGAGCUAGAGGCUAUAGCUAUAGGCAUAGCUAUACCUAAAUGUAAAUGAUAUGACCAUGUUCAUGCUCAUCUUCAUGCUCAAGUUCAUCUUCAUGAUGAGUGAAAAUUUAAUCAAGAAAAUGCGAGUUAGAAACUCGAAAAGACUCUUGUGCCCGCACAGUUUAACUCAGCAUGGUCAUGGAGAUCAAGACAAUGAGAAACACAAAGAAUCUGAAUCAUGUACUUUUACAGUAACUGAUCGUGAUCAGGAUUGGAAUUGAAAUUGUGAAGAAGAC